AUGUCGUAAUCAAACGUCCCAUCACCAGGUCCAGAGCGGAGCCAAAUCGCCUUUCAAGAAAUGGCUGCUGAACUUUGCCGUGGACAGGAAAUUUGCUGAGGUGAAAGAGGGCAUCAUCAGGAACAACAGCAUCUGGGACAAACUCAUCUUCCACAAAGUGCAGGAGUCUCUGGGUGGACGGGUGAGGGUCAUGGUGACGGGCGCAGCACCCAUUUCUCCCUCUGUGCUUAACUUCCUCAGGGCGACUCUGGGCUGCCAGAUCUUUGAGGCGUACGGUCAGACAGAGUGCACAGCCGGCUGCACCUUCACCACACCAGGAGACGCCACCUCAGGACAUGUUGGAGCACCGCUGCCUUGUAAUAUUGUAAAGUUGGUGGAUGUUGAAGAAAUGAACUACUUCGCCUCAAACGGAGAAGGAGAGGUGUGUAUCAAGGGUAGAAAUGUGUUCAAGGGAUACCUGAAAGACCCGGAGAAGACUGCAGAGGCUUUGGAUGAAGACGGUUGGCUCCACACUGGAGACAUCGGAAAAUGGCUUCCG